AUGUCCUCCGCUCUGGCGCAAUCCGCGGGAAGGCUGAAAGUGUGUUCGUUAUUCUGCGGGUGCGGGGCGUUUGAUUUCGGUUUGGCGCAAGCUGGGCACGAGAUUAUCAUGCAAACCGAGGCGGACGAUUGCGCGCGAGAGGUGUUGACCAGUCGUUUCCAAGGGAUUUUUCAGCCGACGCACGCGUCUUCGGUGGUGGAGUUGCCGGAAGAGACGGACGUGUUGACGUGUUCCUUGGGUGGGGUCUCCGGGAGUAGUUUGAUAGGACACAGUGAAAAUGAAGGGACAGUGUACGACCACCAAAUCGGGGAGUUGGAGACUGGUUGGCGAGAGAGUUGGUCUUCGAAUUCGGUGCAAUCGAAGAUGAAGCAGGUUUUACGGUUGGCGAAGAAUCGGUUUACCGGGAGGUGCGUCCCGUGGGUCGUCGUCGAUUGCGGGUCGGAGAGGAUUUUAGAUACCGCGGAUGAAGGGCAACCACCGAUUAUUGCCGAGUUAGUGAGAGAGUUUGAGCAACUUGGAUUUCGAUGGGCGCACCGAGUGGUGCAACCAACCGCGUUUGGUAUCCCGGACGAUCGAGGACGGUUAGUGUUUUUAGCGAGUAGACACGGCGACCCGCGAGAGGUUUUGUUAGUCGACGAAGAUACGACGACGAGUAGCAACAUGAAUUCAGCCUCGGAUUUAGCUUCGCAACGAAUGAAUAACAAAAACGCGCCGACACUUUUUGCCAGGUGUGGAUUUACCCUUUUGGAAGACGAAGACGAGGACGGAAGUCAGUUUCAAAGAGCGACGCCGAAAUACAAAGCGUCGACGAUUAACGUGUGCGCGGACGCGAGGCCGGAUAGAGACUCCGUCGUGUGUUCGGUUGAUGGUCAAUUAGCGCCUCUAGACGUAUCCGAUGCGGAAAGUUUACAAGGUUUGUUACCUGGGUGGACCGUGGUGUCGCCACCGGGCGUAUCGAGAACGUCAGAAGCGGUCGUCGGCGAGAUUCUCAAUCGAUGGCGCGCGUUGAGCGCGACCGGAGGGUGCGUUCCGUUAGCCGAAUGGAUUGGACGACGAUUGUCAGAUCCGUACGGAAACGGGAAAGGGUUUGAUUCCAAACGGAAAUCCGCGCAAAAAUUCCCGAAAUGGUGCGAUGGGAAUAUAGUCAACGCGAACGAGAUCAACCCGAGAGAUGUGAGAUGGGCGACGACGACGGGCGCGAAUUCGCUUUGCGCGCAAGAAGCGGCGGUAGCUGCCAUGACGGCUUUAAAUAACAGCAACGGCGAAUUAGGAGGUUUCAAAUGGCCUCAACACGCGUAUAACAUUGGUCACGGCCGCGUUUCGCAUCCGAUGAAACGCAUUCCGAAACCAGAGUUUUUGAAACAUCCGGAAGCGAGAGAGAAGACGGCGUUGAAAGCGUAUUUACGAACAACUUUGGAAAAUUGCGCGGGGAUGAAUAAUAACCCGGGCGGUAUCGAAGGGUACAUUCCAAGAGAAGUGAUUUUAGCGUGCGUUCGAGCGACGAGAGAGGCUGGCAUGGCACCGCCGCCGCCGUUGGCCGCAUUGGAGAGACAGUUUGGCGGCGCAGGGAAGGAAGUCGCGCCGCCGGCGUCGAGAAUACUAGCCGGAGCAGAUAGAAAGAAUUUGACUGGAUCGCACUCGGAACGAGACUUGUUGGCGGCUGAAACGCUCUUAGUGACAACCACAGCCACUGCUUCUGGUGUAGCCAUUCGAAACGGCGGCGUGGGGUCGAGAAAUGGUACCGACGUUCUCAACGUCGCCGGUGGAAAACGACAAAACGGCGCUGCGAUGAAUAACAACGAUAACAACAACAACAAUAAAGAAUCAUCAAAGCGACAAAAGUCCUCUCUCAAGCCGAUGGGAGCAGCUCCAGUUGAGGAGGAAGUAGUCGAACCAGACGAUGGGUCGUUUAUCGUCGCGGGCAUUCGCAUGAUGAAACCGCGAGAAUCGCAAAUCGUCUGGGCGAAAUUGCCGGGACAUCCGCAUUGGCCGGGAUUACGAGUGGACGAAGUGAAACACGGGGACGUCGUUCCAAAAGCGGCGAAGCAAAUGCAAAAGGAUGGGAACGAUGUUUGCGUCGUAUUUUUUGGCGAGAAAUCGUUUGGUUGGUUACCAGAAACCUCCAUCGUCGAUUUUGAGGUUGGUUAUAAACAACAUUCGCACGCGCCGGUGAGAGGAAAAGCGCGAUUUCUAAACGCUUUGAAGUACGCGAACGCGGAGAAAGAGUUACGAAAGAACGAAGCAAAGAACGGAUUGGCGAAUGGAAACGUAGGUGGAAGAGCGACGACGGUAGCAAAUGCUGCCGCCGCCGCCGCUGGUCCCAACGGCGCGCUCGUUCCUCCGGCCAACCCGAUGGGCGCCGUCGAACCGAUCGAUUACGAAGCCGUCGAGAGGAACAAAAAAGAGGUCGAGAAAGCCUUAUCAGAAGGUCGAUGCCCGUGUAAGAUGUGCGAAAACGUCAAAUCUAUCCGCGAUGCCAACCCGGAAACGUGCUUGCGCUUGCGAUGCAUCUCCGCGUCCACUUCGGGUAAAACCGGCGCCAAACUCGCCUCCCAAGGAGGAAAAGCGGUCGGUAAAAUGAUCUCCAUCCUUUGGCCGUUAGAUGACGCGCGGUACAUCGCCGAAGUCAUCUCCUACGACGCUCGCGAGUUGAAACAUCUCGUUCGGUACGUCGAAGACGACGUUCGAGAAUACGUCAGCUUAUGGGAAGAAGACGUCCAAUUCGUUCGCAGCGGAGUAUUGGGCGAACAAACAUCAUCGCAGCAAGGUGGUACGACUGCCGUCGUCAAAGGCGAGGAAGAGUUGACCGGCUUCUUCGGCGUGCACACCAGCAACACCAACCGAGGAGGACGGGCGACGACGACGUCGAGAACCGACGACGAGGACGACAACGGCCCACUCUCAAACGAAGGCGCGCUUUCCGCCAAAAUCAUCGGCGCGUUACCUUUGGAAAAAGUGGAAACGAAAAGGUCCCUCGAAAACAAAACGGUGAAAGAACUCACCGCAGAGGUUAAAGAGAACCAAACGAAGAAAUGCCCUCGCUCGAAAACAAAGUUUGAAGGCCCGUACCCUCUCGAAAAAGCAGAACUGGUAGAUUUUGUGUUACACUUAAGAGGCGAACCCGUGUGUUCGGUGUGCUUCGACCAGUUCGAGGAAGGCGAAUACGUACGAGUGUUGCCGUGCGCGCACAGGUACCACAUCGAAUGCGUCGAUCGAUGGUUAGCGAGUAAAUCGAUUCGGUGUCCCGUGUGUCAGCACCCAGCGGACGAACGGUGA